AUGGAAAUUGUGCAGAAGAAAGAGAGGAUGAAGGGAGGAAUCAUCACUAUGCCCUUCAUCUUUGCAAAUGAGAUAGCUGAGAAGUUGGCUGUGGUUGGUUUUGCUGCUAAUAUGAUUAGCUACUUUACAGGCCAGCUUCAUAUGCCAAUAACUAAAGCAGCAAAUACCCUCACCAACUUUGGUGGAACUGCAAGCUUGACGCCGUUGCUUGGGGCAUUCAUGGCCGAUGCAUUCGUCGGACGCUUUUGGACCAUCACAGUUGCUUCCAUGAUAUACCAAAUAGGAAUGAUAAUAUUAACAUUAUCAGCAGUACUCCCCCAGCUAAGGCCUCCCCCAUGUAAAGCUAAUCAAGUAUGCCAACAAGCCAAUUCUGGCCAACUUGCCAUCCUCUAUGUAGCACUCAUGCUAACCUCACUCGGUUCGGGUGGUAUCCGACCGUGCGUGGUGGCAUUUGGGGCCGACCAAUUUGACGAAACGGACCCGAAGCAAAAGACCAAGACAUGGAAGUUCUUCAAUUGGUACUAUUUCUGCAUGGGGGCAUCAAUGCUUGUGGCAGUGACAGUGAUUGUUUAUGUUCAAGACAAUAUUGGAUGGGGUUGGGGCCUUGGAAUUCCAAGCAUAGCUAUGGCUAUAUCAAUUAUUGCAUUCAUUUUAGGGUACCCUUUGUAUAGAAACCUUGAUCCUGCUGGGAGUCCAUUUACAAGAUUGGUGCAAGUUUGUGUGGCUGCAUAUAAGAAGAGGAGGGUACCAGUGGUUUCUGAUCCUAAGUUAUUGUAUGAGAAUGAGGAGCUUGAUGCUUCUAUUUCUGUGGCUGGGAAGCUUCUUCAUACCAAGCAAAUGAAAUUUUUGGACAAAGCAGCCACUGUGACUGAAGAAGAUAACAUCAAAGCUUCAGAAACACCAAACCUAUGGAGACUAAACACAGUCCAUCGGGUCGAAGAACUAAAAUCCGUGAUCCGAAUGGGUCCAAUAUGGGCAGCAGGAAUUCUCCUCAUAACUGCCUAUGCUCAACAAAACACUUUCUCUCUCCAACAAGCCAAAACCAUGAACAGGCACGUCACAAACUCCUUCCAAAUCCCAGCUGGUUCCAUGACAGUCUUCACUCUCUCCACCAUGCUCGGCACCAUCGUCUUCUACGACCGAAUCUUCAUCCCCAUCGUUCGUCGUUUCACAGGGCUCGAACGGGGCAUUUCAUUCCUUAGGCGAAUGGGCAUUGGCUUUGUCAUCUCAGUUUUAGCCACCCUUGUUGCUGGUUUCAUUGAAGUAAAGAGAAAACAUGCUGUUUUGUCCUGUGGAGGAGAUAAUACAUGUGUCCCGAUAUCGGUUUUUUGGCUUGUGCCACAGUAUUGCCUCCAUGGGAUAGCUGAGGCUUUCAUGUCCAUUGGACACCUUGAGUUUUUCUAUGAUCAGUCACCAGAGAGCAUGAGGAGUACUGCUUCAGCAUUGUUUUGGAUGUCUAUUGCUGCUGGGAAUUAUGUGAGUACCUUUUUGGUUUCGUUGGUUCACAAGUUCAGUGAAGGCCCUGGUGGAUCAAAUUGGCUUCCUGAUAAUGAUUUGAAUGACGGAAAGUUGGAGUAUUUUUACUGGUUGAUCACACUGCUUCAGAUUGUUAACCUUGUUUACUACUUGUUUUGUGCUAAAUUCUACACUUUCAAGCCAGUUCAGAUACAAUGCAUUGGAGAUGGCAGUGAAAAAGAAGAUGGGGUUGAACUUUCAAGNAACCUUGUUUACUACUUGUUUUGUGCUAAAUUCUACACUUUCAAGCCAGUUCAGAUGCAAUGCAUUGGAGAUGGCAGUGAAAAAGAAGAUGGGGUUGAACUUUCAGGCCAUGUUUAG